AUGCAUCGUAGUGCAGCUAGAGGUGGGCGAACUCUGGCGGUAAAUGGCCUUCAUCAUCUGGCAGAUGGGGAUGAUGAUGAUAAUGACGACAAUGAAGAGGACGAUAACGAAGAGGGAGGUGAGGAAGAGGACGAUAUAAGUGGUGUCAGGAGCCCUCACGACGCCGGAGUUCGUCGGAGGCAGCAGAGUCAUGGCGUUGGCUUUGAAGGGCAUGAGGACGAGCUUGGUUCUGAACUGGAUGAGGAUGAGGAUGACGAAGAAGAUGGGGGAGAUGACGAAGAUGAUGAUAUUGAGGACGAGGAUGGGGAAGACGAAUGCGAUGACAACGACGAAGAGGGUAAUGAGGGAGACGAAAACGAAGAUGACGACGAACAAGAAAGCAUGGGAAAGCCUGGUGAGGAGGGCGAUGAGAAUAAGGGUCAGAUGAAUCGCUUAGGAAGGAAUAAUCGGGCGGCUGGUGUGGGCAAACGAUCGCAGCGUAAACUUCAAGGGCGGAAUCAACUAAUACCUGGGUAA